UAUAUCUCAAUCGAGCUCUGUCGUGAAUAGCUGGUCCAGACAGCUGGAGUGCCCUCCAUCAUUCUUACAUCAACCAGAUUCCUCAACGUCCUCCGGAUCCCUUUCCAGGAACGUUCGUCUCAUUUACCGGGCUAAAACCCUUUCAAGGAAAAAAGCACCAUGCCCUGGAAAGCCCAAACCUGUCGCUUCUGCCACAAACGCUACGCCAACAAGGCCGGGCUUCGGACCCAUUACGAGCGGUACAUUCACCGAUGGCGCAUCCCCGCCGAUGGGGUCCACGACGUCCUGCGAAUCGAAGAGCUUCUAAAUGGCAACUACAUAGACAGUAAAAUCAAAUACCAAUGUCCGACCUGUUCGAAAGUCAUCUUUCCCCGGCGACGCUUCAUACAGCACGUUCGCGAUCGACGUCACUAUGGCGACCACAACUUCAAAAAGAAACAACCAACCACCAAGAGACGCCCAUCAUGGGUGCUCCCAUUCCCCGAAGAGAGCGUCAUGGUCCAAACGAAGCCAUUCCCCUUUUUCCGCCUUCCCUAUGGUCAAUAG